GAAGUUGUGAGUUUGCUGCAGUGCUUCGGCGAGCCGCCAGGAGGCGGCGUGCUGACGUCAGAUUGGCUGAAGGAUCCAAACAGCCGAAAGUAGAAACAAUGGGAAGAUGGCGGCUGGCGCGUAAUGACUCGGGCAACUACGAAAGGCUUCAUUUUUCAGCCGACUGACGACUCAGCCGAAGCGGAAUGUCGGGGCGUGGCCGUGGCCGGCGCGGUGCAGAGGGCGCAAGCGUCACCAGAGGCGAACCGCUCCUGCCGUCUGUCCAGCAGCCCAGUCCUCUGUUUCCCGCAAUGGAGCACAAGCCCCUCCCCCUGACGUGCGGCGAAGAGGCAGAGUACCUGUUGGCCCUCAAGCAGGAGCUCAGAGGCGCCAUGGGCGCGCGACCAGGUUUCAUCCAGCCGCACGCGGGUCACAGGUCACACGCAGAUGUGGAAAGAUAUUCAGACAAAUACCACAACUCCAGCGAGCAAACGGACGCGCUGACCAACUGGAUCACAGACUGGAAGAGGUUCCCAAAAGAAAUACAACUUUGUGUUAGAAGAUCACUAAAAACAGGUGUGUCUGGAGCGGCGCAGCGAUCCAAGAGAGGUCGGGCUGAUGAGCAGAAGGAAAGCGUGAAAGAAAAACAAGUCCUCCUCAAACUGGAGACGCUGGCAAACGAGGAGCAGCGGGGCUCCGAGGACGAGGGGGAGAAGGAGGACGAUCAGGAGGUGGACGAGGAGUACGAAGAAGAGCUGGAGGAGCUCAUGGUGCUCAUUUUAAACGUUGGAGGGCGUUACCUUGGUGAAAGGCCGCCAUGUGGUCAUGAGGGCAGCUGAUAGCAUGCAGGUCCAGGGCGGGGUCGCCGGCCCGCUCCAGGAAGUGGCUUACCUGUCAGGAGCGGGCGGGGGAGUGGUCGUAAGAGGUCAUUUCAACACAACAUAUGCACCACUUUCAUCGCGGCUCCUUACAGAUAAAGAGACAGGGCACACGGGGCUUCCAGAGCCAGCCUCGUGCGCGCACACGCGCAACUUACCUGUUCCCUGCAGGUGGCGCUGUGACUAAAGAGUGCCAGCUCUCGGAUGGGCUGCUUGGCCUCUGUGAAGGAGAUGCUCAUCAAAACCAGCACAUCCAAAGCCAACUUGCGGCAGAAUCCAGAAAGCUUCUCCUCUAGCUCCACCCUCUGCAGGAACACCUGACACACACACGAACACAUGCAAGCGAACACUCGCACACACACUCACAAUGACCCACGAAGACACAUCAUGGGAAAUCCACUUUUUUUGCUUUUAUAUUCAUUUUAUUGUGCACUUGGAGUCUCCAAGAUUGUAGAAAAGUGUAAUCUAUCCCUCCAGGUGUUGCAGAGAUACCUUUAUGAUCUGUUUGGGGGCUAUUUUUUACUCCGUUCAUUUUUCUCCAUUAUCCAUUACCUAUUUUUAUCUGUUACGUCACAUUUGUUGGGGCGGAACUACCAAACAAGAUGGGUGCGGCCAAACGGUUUCGCAAAUCUGCCAUCUUUAUUACUCUGAGAGACUUUUGUAGUCCAAACAACUCAAGGAUGCCGAAGUGGAGGGAUCAAAAUGUUUCAUUGUUGGAUGCAUCACACAACUUAUUGCACUGUCCCCCAGCAUCAGAACAUCAUAGAAGUGCCUGGUCAAAUGUUAUUUUUCAAGCUUGGUUCCCACAUCUGUGGGCAGAGUCCUGCUAGUUCAAGGACGAGUGUUUCAGAAAAUAUUUGUCUGUAUAGAGAAGGAUUUGCCAACUUUGUUUCGUUGAUGGUUCAGUUCCUUCAAUCUAUGGAAACGACGAACACAGUAAAGCGGUAAACUUGAGAUGACAUAAAAAUAAACUGUAUUUCACUUUAA